AUGCCUCGAAAUGCGAAUCGAUUCGAAUCGAUUCGAAUCGGCUCGAAUCGACUCGAAUCGGCUCGAAUCGGCUCGAAUCGACUCGAAUCGACUCGAAUCGACUCGAAUCGACUCGAAUCGGAUCGAAUCGACUCGAAUAACCACCCAGACUCGAAUAACCACCCAGAAAAAUUAAAAAAAAAUGCCUCGAAUCGAUUCGAAUCGAUUCGAAUCGGCUCGAAUCGGCUCGAAUCGGCUCGAAUCGGCUCGAAUCGACUCGAAUCGACUCGAAUCGACUCGAAUCGACUCGAAUCGGAUCGAAUCGACUCGAAUAACCACCCAGACUCGAAUAACCACCCAGAAAAAUUAAAAAAAUGCCUCGAAUCGAUUCGAAUCGAUUCGAAUCGAUUCGAAUCGAUUCGAAUCGGCUCGAAUCGACUCGAAUCGGCUCGAAUCGGCUCGAAUCGACUCGAAUCGACUCGAAUCGACUCGAAUCGACUCGAAUCGGAUCGAAUCGACUCGAAUAACCACCCAGACUCGAAUAACCACCCAGAAAAAUUAAAAAAAUGCCUCGAAUCGAUUCGAAUCGAUUCGAAUCGAUUCGAAUCGAUUCGAAUCGGCUCGAAUCGACUCGAAUCGGCUCGAAUCGGCUCGAAUCGACUCGAAUCGACUCGAAUCGACUCGAAUCGACUCGAAUCGGAUCGAAUCGACUCGAAUAACCACCCAGACUCGAAUAACCACCCAGAAAAAUUAAAAAAAUGCCUCGAAUCGAUUCGAAUCGAUUCGAAUCGAUUCGAAUCGAUUCGAAUCGAUUCGAAUCGGCUCGAAUCGACUCGAAUCGGCUCGAAUCGGCUCGAAUCGACUCGAAUCGACUCGAAUCGACUCGAAUCGACUCGAAUCGGAUCGAAUCGACUCGAAUAA